GCGCAGGGACAGGCAGGGUGCCCGAAGCUCGAUCUGGCGGCAAAGACACACGGCCGGCCAACUGGAAAACCGAGAUAUGCCCGUUGUCCCUUCUGGCUCGUGCCCUCCCGCGGCGUACCUCGCGGCGCCGCGCCCGGCCGGUGGCCUUGCCCAACGGCUACGCCUCCUUGGUCAGCGGCGCUUAUAAAGCCGCCGCGGCAGCUUCGCUUUCCUCCAUUUCCUCCUCCACCCCAGCAGAGCUCGAGAGACCGAAGGGAGUGGGAGAUCAUGGCGAGGAGCACGCGCUCGCUGGCGUUCUUUGUGCUCGUUGCCGUGGCCGUCCGAACCAUUUCCGCCGUCACCGAUGGUAACAACUCGGAAACUUUAUCCCACGAAUUUCAAUUUCUGACCAUCUUGUUGCGUACAGGGCUGUUGCCCAACGGGGACUUCGCGCAGGGGCCGGACAAGUCGGAGAUGAACGGCACGGUGGUGACCGCGCGCCACGCCAUACCGUGCUGGGAGAUUUCCGGGUUCGUGGAGUACAUCGAGCCCGGGCACAAGGAGGAGGACAUGAUCCUGGCGCUGCCGGCGGGCGCGUCGGCCGUGCGGCUGGGCAACGACGCCACCAUCCGGCAGCAGCUCAACGUCACGCGCCACAUGUUCUAUUCCGUCUCCUUCAUGGCCGCGCGGUCGUGCGCUCAGGCCGAGAAGCUUAACGUGUCGGUCGACCCGGAGUUCGGCGUGCUCCCGAUCCAGACCGUGUACACCAGCACCGGCUGGGACACCUACUCCUGGGCCUUCAAGGCCAGGCACGGCACCGGAUGGCUGAGCAUCCACAACACCGGCGUCGAGGAGGACCCGGCGUGCGGCCCCCUCGUCAUCGCCGUCGCCAUCAAGACCCUCUACGCUCCCCACCACACCAAGGGUAACAUGCUGAGGAACGGGGACUUCGAGCAGGGGCCGUACAUCUUCCCCGGCACCCUGUGGGGCGUGCUGCUGCCGCCGAUCACGGAGGACGUGCACUCGCCGCUGUCGGGCUGGAUGGUCAUGUCGGACACCAAGGUGGUCAAGUACGUGGACGCGCCGCACCACGCGGUGCCGCGGGGCGCGCGCGCCGUGGAGCUGGUGGCCGGCCGGGAGAGCGCGCUGGUGCAGGAGGUGCGCACCGUGCCGGGGCGGACGUACAGGCUGUCCUUCGCCGUGGGGGACGCCGCCAACGGCUGCAGCGGGUCCCUGGUGGUGGAGGCGUACGCGGGGCGGGGGACCCUGAGGGUGCCGUACGAGUCCCUCGGCACGGGCGGGUCCACGCCGGCGGCGCUCGAGUUCACGGCGGUCGGCAACGAGACGCGCGUGGUGUUCCAGAGCUCCAACCACCUCAUGAAGUCCGAUGCCACCCUGUGCGGGCCCGUCGUUGACGACGUGUUGCUCGUCCCGGUGCGCGCGCACGCUGCCCGCCGGUUUCGUUUGUAGCGUAUAUCUAUCUUUUUACAGUAGUUUGGGAGUUCAUCCGUUGUACCGGCCGGCAUUCGGUGCGCUCUGUGUUGAGCGCCGCGCUCAAGGCCGUACGCGGCUCGUUAGUCGCGUGUCAGGGACCGGGCAUCAAUGACACAAUAUAUAACAGUCUCCCUCAACGGAGACUUCAACGACGCAAAACACCUCCGCGUGGGCUAUUGGUAAGGGUUUUUUUGUUGCGGGGUGUGGGCUAUAUGUAAGUUGCUCGAAAAUUUUACAGAUGUAUGUCGAUUUUGAGUGUGGCUAGGU